AUGGUCACGCACAAGGACAUAACCAAAGACCAGAAGGAGAAAUUGCUGCACAGGUUGGCCAAAAAAGAGUGCCUGAAGGAGCUGGCGGCACUCAGGGCCUCCAACCCGGACCCCCCCAUGGUGUCCGAGCUGGACCUUCGGCAGGAGGAUGAUGGGGAGGAGUGCGCCCGGCCAGCCUGUGUACGCAGGGUGGACGACCUCCUCGCAGAGGUGGCGAGGCUGAAGAGCGAAGUGGCGGAGCUCCGUGGCGCUGGGGAGGAAGAGCCGGGACCCUCAACCCGCCAGGCGAGGAGGAGGCCGCCGCUGCCACGCAAAACACCCAGCAUCAUUAUUGACACAUCUGAUGAGGAGCAGGAUGUAGUGGAGACGGGGUCACCACACUUGCAGAUGGAGGACGAAGAGGAAGAAGAGGAGAUUGACACAUCUGAUGAGGAGCAGGAUGUAGGGGAGACGGGGUCACCACACUUGCAGAUGGAGGACGAAGAGGAAGAAGAGGAGGUGGAAGGAGAGGAAGAGGAAGAAGAGGAGGUGGAAGGAGAGGAAGAGGAAGAAGAGGAGGCGGCCCCGUCCAUCCCUCAGUCUUUGCAAGUGGAGGAGGGCCAGGAGGAAGAUCGGUCGUCAGGGCCGCUUGCUGUUGAGGAGGAGAAAGAGGAGGAGCCAGAGGGGGAGGAGGAGCCAGAGGGGGAGGAGGAGGAAGAGCCAGAGGAGGAGAAAGAGGAGGAGCCAGAGGGGGAGGAGGAGACAGAGGGUAAACUAAAAAAUGAAGAUAUUGAGGACAUCCGGCAAAAUGUUCUCCUCAUUGCAGCAGACCAAAGCGAGGAACGCACUUUGCCUGUUCACCCCGCCAUCAUGGCAUUAUUCAUGGACUGGACGAGGGGGAGCACUGACAAUUUCGCUUUUCCCAAGAGCAUCCGUAAUUUCUACCAGACUGUCCUGGAGGCUCUUGGGAAAGAACCGACAACUAUAAUUGUCUUCCUGGCCAACGCCAAAUCCUUCCUUGAAUACUUAAUGAUGUACAGACCAAAGGCCAUGCGCGUCUCCGUGCAGCGCGUCCGGCUCCUCCACCAUGAGGUGGCCAAGCUGGCCCGGGAUUUCAGCUGGCGAGUGACUAUUCACCAACAGGCGGUCAAAGCCAAAAAGCUCGACCGGCUGAUUUCCCGGGAGGACAUGACGCGCUGCAUGGAGGUGUGCAGGACGCGCAUCCCCUCCCUCCUGGAUGAGGUGGAGGCUGCGUCUCUGGACAACUUUGUGCCACGGUUUCACUUCUUUGGCUACCUGGCGGCCUACCUGGCCUCCAUAUAUGGCCACAGAUCUUGUGUUUAUACCAAUCUGCUGGCCAGGGAGGUAGAGGAGGCCCAAGGCAACGCCGAAACAGGCUACCUCAUAAACGUCACUAACCAUAAAACAAGCCACAAGUACGGCGUGGCUCAAAUAUUUCUGACCACCGAGGAGUAUAAAUGGUGCCUCCGCUGGCUUGUUGUCCGGGAUCGCUGCGUCCCGCGCAAUCCUUUUUUUUUCUCGAACACCAGAAAAGGUGUCAUGAAGGACCUGCACCGUUAUAUGCAGAGGGCGUGGCAGGACAUGGGCCUCCAGGGCCAGCCCGGAUUUCUGGACAUACGGACGGCGGUGUCCACAUAUGAACGCUUUUAUGCACUGUACAAAACUGUAAAGAAGGCACAGGAGAUGCGCCAAUGCUUCAUAGCACUAAGCUGCAAGAACAAGGCCACUCCUGUGUCUUCCACCUCCUCCGCCGUCGCCCCUCCGCCGUCGCCCCUUCCUCCUCCUCCGCUGGCCCUUCCACCUCCUCCGCCGUCGGCCCUUCCUCCUCCUCCGCCGUCGCCCCUUCCUCCUCUUCCGCCGUCGCCCCUUCCUCCUCCUCCGCCGGCCCUUCCACCUCCUCCGCCGUCGCCCCUUCCUCCUCCUCCGCCGGCCCUUCCACCUCCUCCACCGUCGCCCCUUCCUCCUCCUCCGCUGGCCCUUCCACCUCCUCCGCCGUCGGCCCUGCCCAACAUCUGGAGAGAGUGCGUCGCCGGCUGCUCGGGAAUGCCGGGGGGACUGGACAGGCAACCCUAA